ACAAUGAGAUCUCUAACACACAAUAUCGGAAAGCCACGAUCUCCUAUAUUGAGGCGCCAUCUUGCUUUUUUGGGCUGCAAGCCGGGUCGUAGAUUUUUAGAACUAUCAUCCGACACAAUACCAUGGCCCCUGUUCGAGUGGUGAAAGUGGCUGCGGUGCAAGCCGCGCCCGUUUCUUUUGACCUUGAUAAGAGCCUUGAGAAACUCACGAAACUAGUCGGUGAGGCAGCGGGAGCAGGAGCGGAGCUUAUCGUCUUUCCGGAAGCGUUUUUAUCUGCUUACCCGUGGCGGUAUGCAUUCGAUGCCACAAUCGGAGCCCGAGAGCCUCGUGGAAGAGAAUGGUUUGCAAAAUACCAUGAUUCGGCAGUUGCUGUGCCUUCUCCUGCGGUUGAUGUUAUUUCAAAAGCAGCCAAGUCCCACAAUGUGUAUGUUCAAGUUGGCAUUAUUGAAAAAGAUGGAGGCACUCUGUAUUGUACAGCUUUGUUAGUUGGCCGAGAUGGAUCAGUGCUGCUCAAGCACCGCAAAUUGAUUCCUACGGCUGCUGAACGCUUGGUAUGGGGACGAGGAUCAGGGGAUGGCCUUGGUGUUGUCCAAACCGAUAUUGGAAGGAUUGGUACGCUAAUAUGCUGGGAGAAUUACAUGCCUGCCGCGCGUAUGGCACUCUAUCAGCAAGGGGUCGAAAUUUAUCUUGCGCCUAACGCGGACGAUCUUCCAUCAUGGGUUGCAUCGAUGCAGCACAUCGCCAAAGAGGGACGAUGUUUUGUCGUAUCGGUCAACUCAGUGUGUAAAGUUUCGGAUUUCCCGACGGAUUAUCCGCCGUUCACCCCUGAACAUCAUGAUAGGAAACCUGAUGGCACUAAAUGGGAGUCUGACAAUAUCGUCAACCAUGGAGGAUCUUUUAUCGUGGGACCGUUAGGAGUUCCAGUGACCGAGCCGGUUUGGGAUAAAGAAGAGAUUAUCUAUGCGGAUUUGAAGUUGUCAGACGUGACGGAGUCAAGACUCGACUUCGAUCCGGUUGGUAGCUAUGCUCGUCCGGAUGUGUUCACCUUGACGGUAAAUACCAAACCAGGGACAAACGUCCACUUUACCGAAUAGAUCUAGGAGGUGUUAGUUAGAUUAGCAGUUA